CCGACUAAUCAACUGAGGAGACGAAAAAAAUAACCAGUUUACUGUUGCAGCUGUUCUGCUAUCAUUUCACACCCGGUACAAGGUCAAGAUAGCGGUAUAUAAAGAUGAUCAAAAGUUAACCAGACAAAAGUGCUUUGAAACUCGCAACGAAGUGGCAGAUUAGCUGCAGUAGUACCUAGGAAUCGAGCCGGGCUGUGAAUCAUGAAAACCUUCACAUUUUGUUCGAUCUUAACAGUGAUUAUCGGUGUGACAUUCUGCGCAUCGUUUGCACCACAAAAAAGUCUCGAAAGUGAACAUAAAGAAAACGACCCCAAGCGGAUCAGCAAAGUAUUAAGAGAGCUGGCGGAUUUACCUGACAUACAAUUUGUCGAGUAUGGACCGGAUGACAAAGAUGGAUACAAAUAUCAUCUGCUAGCUGAUAAGGACAAACAGUACGUGAUUCACACUGACGGUCCAGUUUUUAUACCGAUCGAUCACACGUUCGGUGGAUCGAGAGAGGAGAAAGACAGAAAACUGUUGCACCUGCUGAUAGACAAUUCCAAAAUUAAAUCUAUGGAUUCGCUUGGAGGCAGCCGCGACCAAAGUUAAAUAAAA